CUUAUCCAAUGAAACAGGCGUCCUAGAAAAUUCUGUAUUGUGGCCUGAAUAUGUACGUGCAAGAGUAAGAGCUACAUACAUGUAUUUCGGAGGAGGUAUUGCCCUUACUGCAGCCUCCGCAGUGGCUGUUAGUAGGAACCCAAGAAUAAUGAGUAUGAUGACAAGAAACUCCUUGCUGGCAAUGGGAGGAACCAUAGCUGCAAUCAUUGGUACAAAUAUAUUGUGUCAUUCAAUCCCAUACAAGCCUGGAUUUGGUGCUAAGCAGCUAGCUUGGAUGGUACAUGCUGGGGUUCUUGGAGCAGUUGUAGCCCCACUGACAUACCUUGGUGGUCCGUUACUUCUACGAGCUGCUUGGCUUACUGCAGGAGUGGUGGGAGGUUUAUCAACUGUAGCUAUGUGUGCACCAAGUGAGAAAUUCUUGAACAUUGGAGGUCCUCUAGCCUGUGGGUUUGGACUUGUUUUUGCUUCUUCCAUUGCUGGAAUGUUCUUGCCACCUACAACAGCCCUCGGUGCAGGCCUGUAUUCUAUCUCAAUUUAUGGUGGUCUUGUGCUCUUUGGAAUGUUCCUCCUUUAUGACACACAGAAAAUAAUGAAGAGAGCUGAAACACAUCCGCCCUAUGCCAUGCAGCCAUAUGACCCUGUAAAUGCAUCUCUUGGAAUAUAUGCAGACACCUUGAACAUUUUCAUAAGAAUUGCCAUGAUAUUGGCUGGUGGUGGUGGCAAGAGGAAAUAAAUGUGAUAACGCAGCCCUGGUGAUUAAAAAACUAUUUGUAGAAAAACAGCAUGUGUUACUUAACUAUUUGAUUUGACCUAACAAGUGGAUUAUAUUUAUUUCGUUUACAUGAAUAGUUUUGUGUACGGAUAUAUUUCUGAUCUGAAUGUUUCACAUAAUUUAUUAAAAUACAGUGCAGAUGAAGUGAACUAAUUUUGUAUGUUUAUUUUCAACCUUUCUUUUGUUGACAGUAUUGUAUAAAGAUUGUAAGAUACGUACAACUUUAUAGAGAAGGAAUUAAUGUACAUUACAUUUGAGCAGGUAACACCAGUUUAAGUCUUGACUUUAUUGUAUAGUGAAAAUAUUUGUUAAAUUUGUUUUCAAUAAAUAGAUGUAUAUAAAAUA